ACAUUGAGAGGAGAAAAACAAACCAGGAAGUAAACUGAGGGAAUUGCCAACCGACUCAAGAAGUGUUGAAGGACAGUAUCACUACCAAAAGUGGUGAAUUCUGCUGCAACGACGUUAAUUGGAAGUGAAGUCGGUUCGACGACUUCGACUUUCUACUAACAUGGGUCUUGGAGACAACAACCCCAGCACUAUGGAGCAGGGAGGCGAAGAAGACGAGAUUGAGGAGGUGGACAAGGUCACGCACCUCAAGAACCAAGUGGACGGCGUCAAGCAAAUCAUGACCCACAACGUGGACCGCAUCUUAGCCCGUGGCGAAAGGUUGGAUGAAUUAAUGGACAAAUCAGAAGACCUUCAAGCAGGAGCCCAGAACUUCAAGCAGACGUCUCAGAAAGUAGCACGCUCGUACUGGUGGAAGAAUGUGAAGAUUGUCGUGGUCAUCAUCGUUGUUGUGCUCAUCAUCGUCCUCAUCAUCGUCCUUUUGGCCACAGGAGUCAUUCCAACCAGCAACCCUGUUCCUCCGCCACCCACCAUCAAGCCUCCUUCUUAAACCCUUAAACACAGCACAGGGUGUCCUCUGUACACUUUCAUCUCUCUCUCUUUUUAUCUGUCCUCCCCUCUCUUACGCUUGUUUGUGCUCUCUCUCUCUCCCUCUCACUCUCUUUCUUUCUCUCUCUCUCUCAUGCACAAUGUAGUUUUUGCACAUUUGCUCACACGUUCAACGGUCAUAUGGGUGUCAGUUUCACAACUGCCAAUGUGAAAGUCUGACCAAUGCCAGUUCUCACUUGACUUCUGUCAUUGUUACUAUUUUAAAGCGUUGGUCCACAUACAGUACUUGUCAGUGUGUGGUUGUUCGAGUGGGCAUUUUAUCAGAGGCAAAGCUAAGAACUAAAAUUAGUUAUAUUAUGCUGUGGCCUGUACAUUGCCCUGCAAACAGGACACAAUGAAUGAGUAGGAUAAAACCUUUUCAAUGUUGUUACUUCUUUUAUUUAUAUUUUCACUGGCAAAUUGUUACUUUGUUGAAAAGACAAAUCAGUAAUAUGUUACCCAUGUUUCUGAAGGUGUCUGUAAUUUUCACACGGAUGUGUGUUACUUCUUUGAAAGGUUAGUAGCACACAAUGCCUUUCAGGAUGUAGAAAUGUGGCUUUGCAUUGAGGGUUUUCUGUGUCCUAAAUGUCAUUGUACCCACGCCUCUCAUAGGCUUUUUAAACAUGCGUAUUCCUUUGCUUUGAUUAAAUUAAGCUGUCUUAUAGCUUGAAUAUUUUAGCUAAGUUGACCACUUGAGAUUGGUAUUCACACAGAUAAGCUCUAAGACUAGAGGAAGAACGCAAAAAAAUAUUGUGUGUGUGCGUGCGUGUGCCUGUGUGUGUGCGUGCUUGUGUGUGUGCGUGCUUGUGUGUGUGUGUGUGUGUGUGCGUGCGUGCGUGCGUGCGUGCGUGCGUGCGUGCGUGCGUGCGUGCGUGCGUGCGUGCGUGCGUGCGUGUGCGUGCGUGUGCGUGCGUGCUUGUGUGUGUGACAACUGCUGGAUAGAAGCCAGGUCCAUUUCGUGGUAGUUUGGAGAGAAAAUUACAUGAAGGUAAAAAAAAACUUUGGAAGGCACUGUUACUUCUCCAAGGUCCUCUCUCAAAAAAAGAACUCCCUGACUUCUAGCCACCUUAUCUGACUCUGAAGGCCAAAAUAUGAUAUGAAGACUCUAACCGUAUGACAAUGCCAUCUCUAGAGUUGAUGAAGAGUUUGAUGAUUUUCAUCUACAUAAACGAAUGUAGAUGUACUUUUGAUCAAAACAAAGCAGCAGUAUAACUUCUAUAAGUUCAAAUCAGACUUGUCUACGUGUGUUCAUGUUACUGGAUAGGCCGUGGAGAGAUCUGGGAGUCAUCUGCAUUGCCUGUAAAUAAAAUAGAUAGAGAUACUGUAUCUCUGUAUACAGAAUGUAAAUCAAUCUACAUGUUUUAAGAAUAGUUACCCAUGUAAGCUCUGGAGGUUUCAGGGUAUUUAUUUUUAUUUGUUUUUAAUCUCAGUCCCAACGUUUUUGUUUUGAUUUCCAGCAUAGGUCACAAUCUUAAAAAGAUCAAUCAUUGAUACAGCUAAUCUUUAUGUGCCUUAGGUAAAUAUCUGUCCAUGUCUAAAAUAAUAAAGUUUGAAAUGAUUACA